UGUGCCAGCCAUGUUGCCGGCGCAGUACGCCGCCAUACGGCCCCGUCCGCCCAGUCCGGCGCCCAGCACCGUCACCGUCGUCCAGCCGGACGCGGACGACGCUCCCCCGCCGGAGCCAGUGUCUGGACGUCGAGCCGGCGCCACGGCCAACAAAAAGACGGCGCGGGAGUACAGUUUCGUCAACACGGAGAAGAACAUCAGCUGCCCGCUGUCCUGCAUCUGCAACGUCGUGGCAGCAAAGAGAAGCGGCACGCCAAGCCCAAACAAGUUGUGUCGCAAGCCGUACGUGGCGGCCAGUGUUUCCUGUUAUGUCUGCUGGACAGUCCGCGCAGUGCGCCCACCUUCCUGCGCCAGUGCCUGGUCAAUCAGGAGCUGCGCCUGGCCUACUGGCAGCACCUCACCGCCACCAACGGGCUGCCGCACGAACGCCACGAGGAUGACGAGCGGGAGAACAGGAUGCGGGAGGCGCUGUUUGCUCCGCUGUCGGCGGAAGAGCAGCGCCACCAGCGGGAAAUCGCCGCCUGCGACAAUACAGCCGACUGGUGUGACCGGACCAAUAACGGACAGACGCCCAUGACUGGUCUGCCGCCCGUGGCGGCAGUGCCGACAGUGUUGUCGGCGGCCGUUAGCAGUGCUCCACCGUCGGCCAGCACGGUCGCCAGUGUGGCUAACGGUCCGCAGCCUCGACCGCCAAUGAUCACCAUGACCACCGUCAACGCCAACUCCAGCCCGAUGCCACGGCCGCCAAUGACCAUCACACCCACCGUUGGCACGGGCAUAACCACCACGCCCACGGUCACCACCAGCGCCACUCUGAUGCCGCCACCCAUCGCCCUGCCGGCAGUCCGCACCCUCAUGCAGCCCAACAAGGUGUUCCGCCCAGCGCCAGCGGUCAGCGUGGCCGGCAGCGGCAUCCCACCACCGAAUGAUCCCGUCGCAAGCAUCACGCUACCGCCACCAGUCGCCGUCAUCUCCCUUUGCAACGAGCCGAGCAGCCGCACCGACCCCACCGACCGCGGUGUGCUCACCGUGCUGAAGCGCCUGCCGGAGCGGUUGUGCAAAAAACGGACCGCCGGUGGACCGGAAGCCGGCGCCAGCGGCGCUGUGGCGCUCACUGCGCCGUCCGUAGUCCCGACUGCCCGACCAGCACCGGUCGCCCGUCCCAGCCAACCGAAGAGACCGUCCGCGGCGGCGGAAGCGGCGCUCUUCCCGGUGGAGCGGGUCAUGGGCGCCAAGCUGGUGACGGACAGCAGUAAGCGCGGACCGGCGGCGCGCCAGACCUUUUACCUCAUCAAAUGGGAGGGCUUCCCGCGCAGCCACAGCACCUGGGAGCCGCGGACGCAGCUGCACUGUCUGCAGGCCAUUCGGGACUUCCACAAGGCGCACGGGAGACUGACGGUGCGGAAACCGAAAAUCCUCAGCCCGGAAGGCGCGGACUUCGAGAUGUCCCGGGGAGAGCCGCCGGAGGAAGGGCAGCCGGCCAAGCAGCCAACCGAAACGGGAGCGUCGACGUCGCUGUAUCUGCGCAGUCGGCUGUGCGCACUUCCGGCCUAAUCAGCGACACACGCCGCUGCCGCAUCAGUUAUUACGUAUUAAAAUGAUGUAUCUCUUUUUCUAGUUGUAUUACUUAGACGGCUGGUUAACAGGCAUUUGAACCAGC